UUUUCUAUUCCACUAGCAUUUUUAUGAAUGCUGGUCUGUCGAAAGAGGCAGCAGUUUAUGCGACAAUGGGAAUGGGCACAAUCAAUGUCUUCAUGACCAUCGUAUCUAUGGUUCUAAUCGAAAAGGCAGGACGCAGGACAUUGCAUAUGAUUGGUUUAGGAGGCACAAUGUCCGUUACUUUGUUGCUCACAGUUUGCAUGGCUUUGACCAAUAAAGCACCCUGGUUGUCUUAUGUCAGUGUUGCCUGCGUCUUUGGUUAUAUAAUAUUUUUUGCCACUGGGCCAGGCUCCAUUCCUUGGUUUCUUGUCUCAGAGCUGUUCGGACAGGAUGCCAGACCCAUAGCGACCAGUAUAGCUGUAGCAGUUAACUGGACUGCAAAUUUCGUAGUUGGCUUGACUUUUCUUCCGAUUACAGAAGUAAUCGGUGAAUACACUUUCCUUAUAUUUGUUGUUCUCUUGGCAAUUUUCUUAGUGUUUACCUAUAAAAAUGUUCCCGAAACUAAAGGAAAGAAAAUCGAAGAAAUUACAGCAUUUUUUGCGGAAAAGGAUUCCACCUCAUAACAAACUGCAACUUUUCCAUGAAAAGGGCAGCCGGAAGUAAUUGUGAUCGUAAUGCUUGAAAUUUUUAAGACUUUUUCUGCGUAAGAACACCAUAUUUCGAGGACUGUGUUUGAAACUUUCAAUGGAAUGUUUCUCGUGUGGUGUUUUUACAUACACACAUUUUCGAAAUAAAAUUAUAUAUUCUAUACUGCCUGAAAAGAAAAUUACCUUUUACGCUUUAUAUGUAUGUAACUUAUUUCUCCUUUCAUUGUCCUAUUUUAUGAAAUUUAAUGAGAAUAAACUUACUUG